UUUCAAGAUGGAUGCCUUAUUCAGGGCAGUGCGGAAGUCGCCGAAUGUUUUUCACAAAGAUCAAGGGAAAAGUAAACGUUCAAAAAUUCCAGAAGGAUGGGGUGAGAACAAGGAGCCCGUGGAGGACGGAGUCACCUUCUAUCUCAAGUACAUCGGGUCUACCCUAGUGGAAGAAAUAGAGUCUGAUGAAACAUAUGGGGAUGGUAUUAGUGCAAAGGCUGUGCAUAAUGUCAUUGCUCUUGCAAAAUCUGCCGGUAACAAGUUGAAGAAAACAGCGCUGACAGUUUCUCCUCGAGGCAUCAGCAUGGUGGACAUGAUGACGAAUCAAGUUAUGUUUGAUAUAUCUAUAUACAGAAUUUCCUUCUGUACUGCUGACAAGACCCAUGAUAAAGUUUUUGCAUACAUUGCUCGCAAUACAACCAAUGAAACGAUGGAGUGCUAUGCAUUCUUGUGUCCGAAAACAAAAAUUGCACAAGCAGUAACUUUGACAGUGUCGCAGGCGUUCUCAAUAGCGCAAGAUCGAUGGAUAGAGAAGAAAAAGUUUAAGAAGUCCUUACGAGAUAAAACAAGGAAGGAUGGGAUUCACAAAAAAUCAUCGCAGUCUCAGUCAAGUCCUCAAAGCAGCUCUGUGAUCAAUAGUAGCCAGCCACUUCUUAUAUCAUCUCCACCGCCAGGGUCCAACAGUACAGGUACAGUCUUAAGCUCCCCUUCAAAGCAGCAAGUGGAGAGAGCAGACAGCCGGAAGAAUUGGGAGAGUUUCGAUGACAAUGAUAGUGAUGACAUAGAUGACAUGUUCUCACAGUUGGCAGAAAAUCGAAGCAAACAACUUCCUACCUUUGGUACAGAUCUGAAAGAAGAUGAAUUGGAUGAUGGGGUGGAGAAAUAUAUGGGAGGCUCUGCGUGCUAUGAAGCGUUUGCCCGAACAAAGUCUGUCGAGGAUCUGCUUAAUUUGUGAUGCCUUUCUGCGGGAACGAGGUGUUGAUUUCUUCAGUAUUUAUUUUUGCGCUCAUGUAUCGUUUUGUGUGUGUGCAAGAAUCUUUCUGUUUCAGUAUGUUUGCGAUGUUCAAGUUAAGUAUUCACAAGUAUUUAUUUGCUGUUCGUAUUUCAACUAUGUGAGUUCUCCCUGGGAAAUUUCAAGGGUUGAGAUAAGUGUGUUAUGUGAUCAAGAGCGGUCUUACUAUACAAAAUGUAAUGUAAGGUCUUUUGGUAUAGUGUUAUGUCAUUGAGUAGGAGUUGUUCAUUCUUGUGACUCCAAUUUAUAAAAUAAAUCAUAUUUGCCAAAAUUAAAAAUCUGUAUGAGCUGUAGAUUAAAAGAUAAGUAAGAGUGAUGUGUUAGUUGCAUGUUUGUAGAGAAGGUUAUUGGCCAUUGGUCUCCUUGUGGCAGUCGAAAAAUUAGCAUGAUUCAUAGUUUGCUAUUUGAGGUAUUUUUCUCAUGUUGUAUCAUUACGUUGCCUGACUCGAAUCAGAAUUUGACUCUUUAUAUCAGUUUCAAGUGAGUUUGAGUAAUUCCCAUUGUGUUUUAGGUGUUACUCUCCCUCGAAAUACAGCUCAUGUCUUUAGUUCACAUCAGUUUUUAUAAGGUUACUCACUGUAAUAUAGUUGAGCUUGUUAUCUCUGUGUUCACAUGGGCAAGGAUUGGUCAGAGUUGAUAGGUCACAGAUACCUCAGGUUUCAUUAUAUUCUUCACCCUCCCUAGUUUGCAAGCUCAUGGAAAAUGUGACUUUAGCCACAGUUUUCUCCCAUAUCAGCAGGCUUUUGUCUUUUGUGUUUUAUGCUUCUCAGUUAAACAGUGUAUCUUACAUGAUCUCAGUAUGAUUUUUAUCAAAUGAAUUUCUUUCCUUAUUUGAGAUGUUUCUAGUGUAUAUGUAUAAAAACUGGGAUUUGUAUGAAGGUUUGGGCCAAGUAGUGAUAUUAGUAGUGUUUCUGAAAUUAUGCUAUGUUACAACAAUUGUAUUCGGGGGGUGUGGUUCUAGUGUGAUAUGAGAAUUUUUUUCACUCUCACUUAAUUUUUUUCCUGGAUUCAUUCUCAGGAAAUCCCUUUUAUCAUUGAAAAGUUUCAGCACUGUGUUAAGUUUUUUUUACAGAAUUGUGUUCCUUGAGUUGAAUUUAUACUGACUGCAUAUCUUUUUGAACGAGUGGAGAGAGAUUGUAAGGCAGUGGGAGAGUUUGCUUGAGCUCAAAAUGUUUAUAAUCAUUUGAAUGAGCUUUAAAAUGAAUUAAGUUGCAGCUGUAUGUGAAGUUUGUUGAAAAGUUUUUGUUAUGUCUAUCUUUGAAAACCAGAAUUUGUUUGUGUAAACUUCUGUGGGACGAUUUUAGCUUCAUCUUCUAAUUAUAAAUAUCUGUCUCUUUGUUUCUCACAACGAAUGAUGUUCAAGAAACAAUGAAUGUUACACUGUGAGGCGCAAACAACCUAGGAAAAAA